ACUAAGCGAAAUUCCCACUACGUACGAAGAGAUAAAACUCUUCUGAUAUAUUCAAGAUUCAAAUAAUUUUAUACAAAACUUCAUUACUACAGUUCUUUUCUCUGAAAUGUACAUCACAAGUCUCUUGUGAAUAAGUCUUGAAAGGUUUCUCACGUGGCAAAACACGAUUGCGAAACUGUAAUCGACAUGAUGCAGAUAAAUCACCAAAACAAAUAAAGUCUAUAGUUUUGUAUACUGCUGUCAUCGUGAUUUGUCAAAUAUCCCAAAUUACAUAGACUAAUAAACAAAUCAGGAUACUCACUUGGGCCUAACUCGUUAACCCUACUUGUAGGCCCAAAAUUAAACCCGAAGGCCCAAACAAAAAGUAAUAGUAAACGCGUUAACGUUCUCAAAAGUCAAACUAAACCACUCAUCACUCAUCAGAACCACACGACACAAAAAAAAAACACAAUCUCUCUGUCUUCGAACUAGAUCGAUGUCUGAUCACGAUCUCUCUCCAGAGAUCAACUUCUGGGGAGACACUCCAGAACAAGACUACUUCACUCUCAAAGGCAUCACCGGCUCCAAAUCCUACUUCACAUCCCCUCGAGGUCUCAACCUCUUCACCCGCUCGUGGCUCCCCUCCUCCUCCUCCUCUCCGCCACGUGGCAUCAUCUUCAUGGUCCACGGCUACGGCAACGACAUCAGCUGGACGUUCCAGUCCACCGCCAUCUUCCUCGCCCAAAACGGCUUCGCCUGCUUCGCUCUCGACAUCGAAGGCCACGGCAGAUCCGACGGCGUCCGCGCCUACGUCCCCUCCGUGGACCUCGUCGUCGACGACCUCAUUUCUUUCUUGGAUUCGAUCAAGAAACAACCAAAGUAUCAAACCUCCCCUCGGUUCCUCUUCGGAGAAUCGAUGGGAGGAGCUAUCUCUCUCCUGAUCCACUUCCUAGAUCCGGUAGCCUUCGACGGAGCCGUUCUCGUCGCUCCGAUGUGUAAAAUCUCCGACAAGGUGAGGCCUAAGUGGCCGAUCGAUCGGAUCCUGAUCACGAUCUCUAGUCUCGUUCCGACAUGGGCCAUUGUUCCGACGGAGGAUCUGUUGGAGAAGUGCAUCAAGGUGGAGGAGAAGAAGCCCAUCGCGAAGAGGAAUCCGAUGAGGUACGGUGGGAAGCCGAGGCUGGGGACGGUGAUGGAGCUGCUUAGGGUUACGGAUUACUUGGGGAAGAAGCUAAAGGAUGUGAGCGUUCCUUUCCUUGUGCUGCACGGGAGCGCGGACGUUGUGACGGAUCCUGAGGUGAGUAGAGAGUUGUAUGAGAGUGCGAAGAGUGAGGACAAGACGUUGAAGAUUUAUGAUGGGAUGAUGCAUUCGAUGUUGUUCGGUGAGACUGAUGAGAAUAUUGAGAUUGUUCGUGGGGAUAUUGUUGGUUGGUUGAAUGAUAGAUGUGGUGGAGACAGAACAUAGGAUUGUCUGAUUCUCUGUUUUAUUUGAUGAUUUUUAAUGUUGUGUAUAGUAUUCAUAUUUUAUUAAGAAACGAUGUGUUAUGGGUUAAGUGGCUAGAUAUUGAUACAGAUCAAUCACAUUGUUCUUGCAUAUAUUUUUCUUUAUAAUGGUUAGUUCUCUAGUUCAAUAGUUUUCUUCUGGUUACCACAUAAGUUGCUUCUUUGUUUAUUUUGUACACUGUUCUUUAAUGUACUUCCUAAGCUUUUUUCUUGAUUA